UUUUGUGUGAAGCUAACUGUGCUAAGUGUGAGCUAACGGCGCUAACGGCGCGACUCUCCGGGGCUUUUUAUCCCAGUUUAACCGGAGCAGCGCCCGUAAAAGUGUCCACACACGGGGGGAGAGGUGCACACGAGCCGCACACGAGCCACACACAGCCGUAUCACCCGUAUCACCCGGGUUUGGAGGCGGGGGAGUUGGUAAAGGAGGCGGGGGAGUUGGGAAAAGCCGAAAUGAACCACAAAAGUAAGAAGCGGAUCAAAGAGGCGAAGCGCAGCGCCAGGCCCGAGCUGAAGGACUCCGCGGACUGGAUCAGACACGGAUACCACGACACCUUCGACCUGUCGCACCGGAGCGUGAAGGACAACGUGGAGCGAGUGGACGCGUCUCGCAUCAGCCCGGAGGAGUUCAUCCAGAGGUUCGAGCGUCCGUACAAGCCCGUGGUGCUGCUGAACUGUCAGGAGGCGUGGCCCGCCAAGGAGAAGUGGACUCUGGAGCGCCUCAAACGGAAAUACCGCAACCAGAAGUUCAAAUGCGGCGAGGACAACGACGGGUACUCGGUGAAGAUGAAGAUGAAGUACUACGUGGAGUAUCUGGAGAGCACGCGCGACGACAGCCCCCUCUACAUCUUCGACAGCAGCUACGGCGAGCACGCCAAGAGACGCAAACUGCUCGAGGACUACGCCGUCCCCGUGUUCUUCACCGACGACCUGUUUCAGUUCGCAGGAGAGAAACGAAGACCCCCGUACAGGUGGUUCGUGAUGGGUCCUGCCCGCUCUGGGACGGGCAUACACAUCGACCCUCUGGGCACGUCUGCGUGGAACGCUCUGGUGCAGGGACACAAGCGCUGGUGUCUGUUUCCCACGCACACGCCGCGAGAACUCAUCAAAGUGACGCGCGACGACGGCGGAAACCAGCAGGACGAGGCCAUCACCUGGUUCAACGUCAUCUACCCCCGAACGCAGGAGCCCACGUGGCCCCCGGAGUUCAGACCGCUGGAGAUCCUGCAGAAGCCCGGAGAGACCGUGUUCGUGCCCGGAGGUUGGUGGCACGUGGUGUUGAACCUGGACACGACCAUCGCUGUGACGCAGAAUUUCGCCAGCUCCACAAACUUCCCCAUCGUCUGGCACAAAACCGUCCGAGGGCGACCAAAGCUCUCCCGAAAGUGGUACAGGAUCUUGAAACAGGAGCGUCCGGACUUGGCGGCUCUCGCAGACAGAGUGGAUCUUCAGGAGUCGACGGGAAUCGCCUCAGACAGCUCCAGCGACUCUUCAUCCUCCUCCUCCUCCUCCGACUCCGACUCCGACGGCGGUUCCGGUUCGGAGAGCGAGUCCAUGUCCCACAGACGGAAAAAGCGCCGCACCUGCAGCUCCACGGCCAACGGAGACACCUGCCUCCAGGACGACUGCGUGAGCAAAGAACGGAGCUCCUCACGGUGACUCCGCCCCCAACAAACACGCCUGACUCCGCCCCACAAACACACCUGACCACGCCCCCACAAACACACCUGACUCCGCCCCACAAACACACCUGACUCCGCCCCCCUUGCCUGAACGAAGCUCCUCCCACAAACACACCCGGCUCCAGGACGACGGUGAAAGGUGGAGGGUCUGGAGGGCCGGUGGUUCAGGUUCGGGUUUGGUUAAAUGUUUGGGGCAACAACACGUCUUCAUCUGGACUCACUCAGCAAAAUAUCAAGUAAAACAUAAAACAGUCAUAGCAACAGAAGCUUAACGUGUUACCGUGGCAACCAUGAUCACUUCUGUCCCUCUAGACCCGACGGUGACCACGCCCACACCUGAACCAAGCUCCUCCCACAAACACACGACUCCGCCUCCUCCUCAACGAAGCUCCUCCCACACACACACACACACACCCGAGGCGACCCCCACGACCCCCACAACCCCGGGCUCUCGUUUACAAAGCUUCAGUUCAAAAAUGUUCCGUACGUGACUUUAAGUUUGUGAUCAAAAGAAUCCAGCGUGAACCUGAGCUCCAGCACCUCAGGACGACCGGGUUUUAUCUGUACGGACACUUGUGGGAAGAAGUCCACGCCAAGCUUCAUAAACGAGACCCCUGCUCCUGUCGGCUCCUGUCGGCCUCCUGUCGCCUCCUGUCGCUGCUUCAGUAGGACUAGAGGAACGAUGGAGUGGAGCGGUUCGCAUCGCGGGAGGGAAGAGGAGGAGUGAGCGAAUUCACCAGAAACUCUGAACAGUUCAUGAAAAACCUUGAGAAGAGCAGGAGGUGAAAAAGAAGAAAACGGUUAAACCUUAAAUGUUUUCAAACCGCCUUAAAACCUAAAUCACUACAUUCAUCUUCACCUCCACGUGUUUGCUCUUUUAUCAGUUUUUUAUCAGUUUUAACUUCAGACACUGGAAGAAAUUUCAAACAAGAAGAAGAAGAAGAAGAUUUCAUUUAUGCUUUUUUGCUUCUGUCUCCUGCCGUUUUAAAACCACAUCAGAACUUUUUAAAGCUGCAUUGUGUCUUUUUCCUGUCUGAAAUGUUCCACAGCAUGGCAUUAAACCUUUCUGUCUCCAUAGAAACCAAACCAGACGCGGUUCCGGGUCAGGUCCGCGGAGAGGCGACGCCGUUCGCAGUCACAAUGUCUUGUUUUUGAGCGAUGAAAACACCUGAGAUUGAAUACAUUUUAAAAAAAAGUAGAGCUGUUUAAAGUCACACUGCGGAACAUUCUGAGCAGAGUGAUGACGUAUCCAUGGAAACGAGCAGGUGACGGACCCUCCAGCGAAAAAGCGACGUGCGUCUUUUCCUCUGUGCUCAAACCGAAUGUAAACUCGUAAACGUGCCUAAUGUCGUUCUGUGCCAAAGCCUCACUCCAGCGGCUCCUUAUAAGGCCCUUCCUCCCUUCCUUCCUCCCUUCCUUCCAUCCUUCCUCCCUUCCUCCCUUCCUUUCUUCCUUCCUCCCUUCCUUUCUUCCUUCCAUCCUUCCUCUCUUCCUUCCUCCCUUCCUUCCAUCCUUCCUCCCUUCCUUCCUUCCUUCCUCCCUCCCUUCCUUCCAUCCUUCCUCCCUUCCUUUCUUCCUUCCUUCCUUCCUUCCUUGCUCCCUUCCUUUCUUCCUUCCUUCCUUCCUUGCUCCCUUCCUUCCUUUCUCCCUUCCUUCCUCCCGUCCUCCCUUCCUUCCUCCCCUCCUUCCUCCCUCCCUCCCUUCCUUCCUUCAUUCCUUCCUUCCUCCCUUCCUCCCUCGCUUCUUUCCUUUGAUUUGAUUGGUUCAGAUCUGAAACUGGUGAUGAUGUAACAGCUCUGGUUUUACUUGUUGUUUUUUUUCUUGUUGGAGUCGGUUCAGUGAAGCGUCCGGUGUCGCUCUGUCUUUCCCCGUUUCUUUUCUUUUUGUGUUUUUAAUGUUUUUCCCCAAAAUCUGAGCUAAAAUAAAAGCACUGGACCUGGACCGGGACUGAACCGGGACUUGACCGGGACUCAACUGGGACUAAACUUCAACUGGAUUUGUCCUGUUUCUGAAUCUUUCAAUAGAUCUAGGCUUAGUUUAGGCCCAACAUUAGUCCUGUUUGAUCUCUUUGAGUCUGUUCUGGUUUAAUCCUGGUUUAGUCCUGGUUUAGUCCUGGUUGAGACCUGGUUUAGACCUGGUUUAGACCUGGUUCAGUCCUGGUUCAGUCCUGGUUCAGUCCUGGUUUAGACCUGGUUCGGUCCCGGUUCGGUCCCGGUUCGGUCCAGGUUUGGUCCCGGUUCGGUCCAGGUUCGGUCCGGGUUUGGUCCAGGUUCGGUCCCGGUUCGGUCCAGGUUCGGUCCCGGUUCGGUCCCGGUUCGGUCCGGGUUCGGUCCGGGUUCGGUCCAGGUUCGGUCCGGGUGUGGAGCUGCUGUAAAACGGCGUGUUGUUCCGUUGUUCCGUGUUCACACCUGCGUCUCCCAAGUGCCUAAACACGUGUUGCUGUUAAUAAAGUUUUUUCUACUGAGA